AUGGCCAUUCCGUUCACUUCAGGUCCUGUCACGGGCGAGCUCACUACGGCGAACACUAUUCGCACCUUGGGCUGGACAGAAUACGUCCUUCCGGACAGCUCGUACUACUACCACCACGCGGAGAAGCGCGUCACGACCGACAUCGAUCUGCGCAACUCGAAGAAGCUGCAAGUCGUCACCGAAUACCUCGAGAAGAAGCUUCCUACGGAGCUGACCAUGCCCCCGCCGCAAGGCUGGGAGCUCUGGCUCAAGGACGUCGGCGUUAUGCGGCACGAGGUCGUCCCGGUGAAGAGCUGGGUGAACCACAAGCUGCGCAUCAUCACGUUGCAGCCGCCGCCGAUGGUCACCGGAGAAGGCUUGGUGCUGGAGCGAUUCUCCGAGGACGACAAGUUCGAUCUGGAGUACAGGUACUGGGGUUUCAUGGAGGGGCAUCCGGCGCACUCUCCGCUCCCAGCCGAGACUCACACCGAGGCAAUGGAUGCGUUGAAGUGGUCUUACACCGACUGCCUGCUCCCUUCGGCUAGACCCGCUCCGCCGCCCUUCGCUCCUCAAGAGUGCCAGGAGCUGAUGAGCCUCCUGCGGUCAUUCGAUUCCAAUGCCACCCCGAACACGGCCGUAGUGCAGACGCGCAUCGUUUCUCGCGUUCUGCUCCGAGUUGCGCAAUGGCGGCAAAUCUACUACCGUCCGGACAAGCCUCUUCCGCGCGACGCCAUCAAGGGUACCGCUGAGACUCGCAUCCCAUUCCGCCGCGCGUUCCUCGACUUCUUCAUCGGCUGCUUGUGCCUGGGCAUCCCCUAUAUCUUCAUGACGCGCACGCGCCACCACAACUUUGAUGAGGAGAGCGGGCUGCACACGGCUGGGCCAAUGCUCAUGCUCACCGCAAGCGCUUGCCUAGUGGCCGCCGUCAUCAUGAGCGCAUCCGUCACUUUCCUCUCGCUCCCCUCGCUCGACGAUGUGGCGCGUCUCACCGGAUUCCUCGCCAUCCUCUUCUCCGCGUCCAGCAUGGUGUCGUCUGUCCUCGCGCUUUUCCGAUACAAGACCGACAUCGAUAGGAGUGUCGUCUACAUCGGGAGUGAGGGGUUGACACAUCUCUCGCGGAGUCGCGUGAUCAUGUCGCUGCCUCUGGUGUUCCUUGCCUGGGCAAUUGCUGCGUUCAUGACUGGCAUCACCUUCUACUCGUUCCGCGGAGCGACGGUGACCAGCCGAAUGGACGUCAAGCACCCCUUCGAAGCGUACACGCACUGGGCCGUCGUCGCGACGCUUGGCGCCCUGGGAGGGAUGCUGUUCGUCGCUGCGCUGUUGUCGCGUCGGUGA